AUGUACAGAUUACCCUGGGGUCGCUUCCCUUCUCAGAUUCAGAACGAGACUGUUGGUCUGCUCACAAUUCUCGGCGGGAAGUGCAGUCAGCUUGCGACUGUUUCCCGAGCUUGGCGAUCAACUAUCGAGCCACUUAACUUUGCUGAGAUGAGUCUGACGGUACCGCGUCUUACCGACCUUGACUCUCGAUUUAUUCUGGCCCGAAAGAGAAACCAAAUUCGCAAUAUCUGGUUUUGUGUUGAACUAAAGCAAUACGAUUGCACACAAUGUGAGAACAAUGACCAGGACCAAUGGGGCUUGGACGAGGUUGACAACCAAUUCAUCGUGGACGCGUUUGACAACUUGUUCACAACACUGAGCGCAUGGGAGCCUCGUGGUGACUUGGUCCUCGAUAUCAGCAUCUACUCGCCCAGUGACAACCAGCACUGGUUCAAGUACAUAAGCUUCUCCUCAGACACCGACACAGGCGAGCCGUCUCGUCGUGGGCACGAACAUGGAGCGACCGUGAAUGACCCGGCUCAUGGCUGGGUUACUGGACAGCCUAUCCUUGCUCCGGGUGAACACGCCAUCGAGCUUACAUUUGAAGAGAUCAUGGGUGAGGAGCCUUUCUAUGAUGACAAAACUGAGAGGCAGUGGUGGCGGAGUCUCCCCAGUGUGCCUGUCGUUGGAGUCGUGCUCUUUCGUCAACAGAUUCGCCGACGAUGGAAGCCAGUCGCAAUAGCAACAUGCUUACACGGUUCCCGAAUAUAG